AUGAGUGGACUUCUGAACGGAGUGGUGGGCGGCGUGGCUGGCGCGGUCGACGGCCUCAACGGCGUCGUGACGCCGUUGGUCGGAGGACUCCUGGGAGGCAACCAGCAGGCGGCUCCCACCGCGCCCGCUGCUGGCGAUGGCGCCGCGAGCAACACGGCGGGAACUGCUACCCCGGCGGCGUCUACGACCGGAGCUCAGCAGAGUGCCCCCGGGAAGCCCACCGAGACGGCCGCUUCGACGCCCGACACGCAGCCUCUGAAAUCGGCUGGGGCCCCCAUUGCUUUCAACCCGGCGGAGAGCGGUACCAGGGAGCCGGCAGGCACAUCGACCUCUGCUCCUCCCUCAUCAUCUGCUUCGCCAUCACCAUCGGUAGCUCCCACCUCUUCUCCUUCUCCUGCGUCGUCUUCACCGGCGGCGGCAUCCGGCAAGAGCUCAUCGUCGCAGCAGCAGGCCGCAUCCUCAUCCUCCGCCUCCUCGUCAGCCUCGACGAGCGCGACGUCAAUCAUCGUCGAGUCUUCGUCUUCCUCGGCGACACCGACGAGCUUCAUCACGAGCAUCACCUCGGCCCCGCUGCCCACCGAGACCUCGCUGUCCGACGCCAUCGGCCUGAUCACCGACUCGUCGUCCGCGACGUUCGUGCCGCCGCCCACGACGACCGACGCCGCCGCCGCGCAGACCUCCUCUGCCGCCGCCGCCGCCAUCGCGGAGCAGCAGCAGCAGGAGCAGCAGCAGAAGACGGCCGCCGACAACAAGAGCACGACCGUCAAGGCCGUGGCCAUCACCGUGCCCGUCGUCGCCGUCGCGCUCGUCAGCAUCGGCUUCCUGCUCUGGCGCCAGAGCAAGAAGGGCAAGCGCCGCCGGCGCGGCUCCGGGUCCUCGACGGGCUCGGACUGGCAGAAGCUGCACGAGGAGAAGUUUGGCGUGUCGACCAACUACUGA